AUGCCGCCGUUCCGCGAUUUUUUUAUGCCGCGGCGGCGCACGGCCACUGCGGAGGCGCCUCCCUCGCGCUUGGCCUCGCGCGCCGCGAAGACGUCUCCGGCUUCCUGCGCGCCGCAGCCCAGUUCGGACUUACCCUGCCUGGCGCCGCCCCACCGGUCGUCCCCGGAUCUUCUCGCGAGCCUGGAGCCCGGCGCGCCGGCGUGUCACGUCACCGUCCGCACCGCAGCGACGUUACCCCGGGAGGGGGCCUUGCCGCCCGCGGAGGCGCCCAGUGCGCAGCUCCGCGGUUUGGGCUCUCGCGCUGCAUCGUCCUCUUCGUCUGCACUCGCCUCUUCUUCGCGCGCCGCCCGCGACGACGACGCGAGCUGCUUCGCGCCGCCGCUGCCGUCUGCGUCUCUGCCUGCACUGUCUUCGAGGCCGCUCCCUUCCCCCUCAUCAUCUGCCUCAUCGUCGCUCGCGCACCCGCGCGCCGUCUACGCGGCUGCGCCGCUGCCGCCGGCCUGCGAGCAGGGCGCGCUGUCUUCGCCCUCGACUUCGUCUCCGUCGGAGACCCUCGAGAAGGCGGCGGACCCGGGGCGCGGCGCGCGGGCGCCUUCGCAGGCAUCGCCGCGCGCGCCGUCGCGGCUGCGCGGCGCGCGGUCUGCGACGGCGCUGCUGUCUUUCCUGCGGCCGAUGAAAAGCUCCAAAUCGCACGCGGCGAGUGCGUCGCCCUCCUCCUCCUCGUCGCCGUCGUCGUCGUUUUUCUCGUCACCGCAUUCGCAGGGGGGAGGCGCCUGCCCUAACCGGGAGCUCGCGCUGCACGCCUCCGAGAAGGAGUCGCUGGCGAGCCACUGGCGCCACUUGUCCUCGGCUGGGCGCCCGCGAGGCGCGCACAGUCUCCUCUGGCUGCGGGAAGCCUCUGCGCGCCCGCCCCCGAAACCCGAGCCGCUCUGCGUCGCGCUGAGGAACGGCGUCCUCUUUCCGCUGCUCGGCCUUGGCACCUACCGCCUCCACGGGGAAGAGUGCGUUGCCGUCGUCAAGCGCGCCGUCUCUCUCAGGCACAUCAUGCUCAUCGACUCCGCCAGCGUCUACCGCAACGAAGAGGAGGUUGGGAAAGCGCUCAGAGACGCAGGCGCGUGCGGCUUCCCGUGGCAGCUGUAUCUGCGCGACGACUGUGAGGCGAACAUUCGCUGCCGCAGAGAGGCGAGCAACCUCGGCGUUUUUCUAACUUCGAAACUGAGCCCCAGGGACGUCGCGGGCGGCCGACAGCAAGCCUACGAAGCGGCGCUCACCUCCAUGAAACGACUCGGGGUUGAGCAGCUCGAUCUCUACCUGAUUCAUUGGCCAGGCGCGCGAGGACAUAAAAGUUCGAGUCGAGAAAACCGCCGCCUUCGCCACGAGUCCUGGCAAGCGCUCGAACAGCUGUACAGGGAGAAGAAGGUGCGAGCUAUCGGCGUCUCGAACUUUCUUGUGCGCCAUCUCGAAGACCUCAUCGAGGACGGCGUCGAGGUGGUGCCUAUGGUCAACCAGAUCGAGUUUCAGCCUCUCUGCUUUGACCGCGACCUGGCGAGGUGGGCGGAGAAGCACGACAUGCGGCUGCAGGCCUACGCCUCGCUCGGCUCGGGAGACAGGUGCCUCUUGCGGCAUCCCACGGUGCAAACAGUCGCUGCUGAGUGCGGCGUGACGCCUGCACUCGUGCUGUUGCGCUGGGGGUUGCAGCACGGCUGCCACUUGAUCCCCUGCAGCACCAGCGAGGCGCACUUAAUCGAAAACACGCACGUCUUCGACUUCUCGCUCUCUGACCCGCAAAUGACUCUCCUCGACCGCCUCUGCGACAACACGCACUUCUGCUGGGACCCUCACGUCAUCGCCUAA